AUGUAUUGUGAUGAAGACCCUUUUUGUAAUUAUUUUUUAUAUAAUCAGAAGAAAAAAGAAAUUCGACUAUGCUACGAUAAGAAAAUUAAUUUAAAACAGCCUAAAUAUGAUCAUACAUGGGUAACAAGUAUAAAGGAAAAUGUUUUUGAAAAUUUUUCUCCAUCACUUAUCAAUUCACAAGGAAUUUGUAGUAAUCAAGUUGACAAAAUAUUUUUCAGCUCAUUAAAUGAGGCAAUCCAAAAAGGAAAGGAAAAUAACAAAAAAUUUUUGAUAUUAAACUUUCAGUCCAAAAAUAGUGAAGAUAAUAUAGAGGGCUAUUUUUGUGACAGCAUAGAUUAUUUUAUUAAUAGAGAAGGCUAUGUAGUUUUUGAUUUUAUCAAAAGGGAACAACCUCAUCAAUCAUGUUUAAAAAGUAAAAAAUGUGGAUUAAGAGGACCAGUACAAUCAGAUGAUAGUAAAUAUGAAGAAAAUAUAAACCCAGGUGAUGUUGUUGUUGCCCACAAAUUUUAG